UGAAGCUGAGUUCCAUCAGUGACAGACACACACACACACACACACACACUCCUGCAUUUCUUGCUCUGCUCUGCUCUGCUCUGCCAUGGGAGGAGGCAAUGGUCAGAAAGCCAGGAUGGCUCGUGAGAAACACAUGGAGAAGCUCAAAUCCGCUAAAGGUAGCCAACUAGAAACUAACAAGAAGGCCAUGACUAUUCAGUGCAAGGUGUGCAUGCAGACAUUCAUAUGCACCACAUCUGAGGUUAAGUGUCGGGAACAUGCUGAAGCAAAGCACCCCAAGGCUGAUCUCUAUGCUUGUUUCCCGCAUCUCAAAAAGUGACUGUCAUUGCAAAACAAGAACCUGUGGAUGCAGAUUACAACAUGACUCUUUCGUUUUGUUCACCAUAUCUAUGUAAUGAAGUACUUAAUUAUGUCAAUAUUAAUUAGUAUUAACAUCAAUGUUAAUUUGAGUUUAUGAA